AAUCAUGCAAAAAAGAUUUUGAAACUCCUAGCACAGUAAUGAACACUAACUUUUGCAGUAGUGUUAAGUCUAACAGAGUACAGACGUGCACUGGCUGAUGAGACAUUUUGAAAACUCGGAAGUUUUCAAGUAAGACCAUCUGGAUUGCUUUGGAUAGAUAAUGCAAGCAACAGCUCCCUAAAUGAAUUAUUUUUGAGGACUAUUAAUUUAAAACCAGUUUCUCAAAAUGAAGUGUAAGAAUGUUAUGGCAAGAGCAUUAUAUGACAAUGUCCCAGAGACUCCAGAGGAACUGUCUUUCCGUAAAGGAGAUAUUUUAACAGUGAUUGAACAGAAUGCUGGGGGCAUUGAAGGAUGGUGGCUUUGUUCUUUACAUGGUCGGCAAGGCAUUGCACCUGGAAACCGCCUCAAACUCUUAAUUGGCCCAGUGUUUGAUAGUCCUCCAAGCCAGCAACUUUCUCAUUCAGAUUCACUGCACCAGUCAUUUCAGCAGCAGCAACUCUACCAAAUCCCAGCAUCUCAAAUGAAUUACAGAAGCCCAGUGUAUCAGGUGCCACCCACACAUUUAAGUCAGGGGAUUUAUCAGGUUCCCACUGGCCAUGGACAGCAUGUUCCUGAUGUUCACCAAGCUUUAUCUUCACCACAGAAAAAUAUGUGGGGAUUACCAGAUGGUGCACAGCGCUUAACCAAGGUGGUAACGCCAACCAGAGUGGGGCAGACUUAUGUAUAUGACUCCUCGUACAAGCUUCCGAUGGAUACGUAUGACAUCCCACCUUUCCAUCCACAAGGAGUAUAUGACGUUCCUCCCACUUCAGUCAAGGGACUAAAGGGUGAGCCAAGACCUCACGGAAUCUAUGACAUUCCACCUUCUCAGGGAGUUUAUAGCAUCCCUCCUGUAAGAGACAAAAUGUACGAUUUUCCUCCAUCAAGAUGUGAGGGAGUUUAUGAUGUUCCUCCACCAUCUACAACAAAGGCAGCAUAUCCUGACAUGAGUUGUCAGGCCAUUUACAAUUUUCCAACUUCUUCAGAGUUUGCAUCCCAAAGACAAGGAAUCUAUGAUGUUCCACCUGCUCACCAGAUUCUACCACUGGCUAACCAUCCAUCUUUUUCAAUGGAUGCUUACGAUUUUCCAAGAGGAAAUCACAUUACUGGACAACAUAGCAGUAUUAGUGGAAGAAGAGGCACAGAAGAACAAGACGGGGUGUAUGAUAUACCCCCACAAGUGUCUCAUGACCCUAAGAGGCAGCAAGAUGUAACAGAUGGAAUAAACAGGCUCUCUAUUUCUAGCACAAGUAGUACACGGAGCAAUAUGUCUACCUCAUCUUCAUCCUCUAAAGAGUCUUUCCCAGCAUGCCAGGAUCGAAGACUGUUAUUAGAUCUAGACAGAGCAAUAGAAAAAAACUCACUGCUUCAACAGGCUGAAGAGGUUUCUAUCUCAGAACUGUUGGUAUUUGUCAAACCAGACUGGCGAUCAAAAAACUUCAUGGAAAAACAUAUAAAUGAAAUCCAUGCAACUGUUGACAAAGUUAGGCAGUCCUUGGCUGAGUUCCUAGAUUUCUCAAAAGGAGCUGUAGCAAAUGCGUCCUAUUUACCAGAUCUCACUCUCCAUAAUAAAAUGAAAAAGCAGUUGCAGAGACUGAGUGACUCGUACCAGAUCCUGGCUCAGACUAGCCAAGCUCUAGAUACUUGCAGCUGGUCAUUAAAUGUUCUAGUUGUUAACAAACCUCAGAGUAAAUGUGACGAUCUAGAUCGCUUUGUUAUGGUGGCAAAGACGGUGCUGGAUGAUGCUAAAGGGUUAGCAUCUUCUAUAAGUGCGAAUGCAGAGUUAUUGUUUCAGCGAGGAUCGUGUAUGUCACAUUUGGAAAGGACAACUGGGAACAGUAAUACAGACAAAUUAAUUUAUAACAGCCCACCGUUUCAGACAAUCAGGGAAGAAAGGACUCCAGUACAGACUACACCUGUAUCAUCUUUAGCAAAUACAAUUACAAUACCUAACUUUAAUAUAAGUGACAGCUCUGGGAAAAGCUGGAUGGAAGAUUAUGAUUAUGUACACCUCCAGGGAAAAGAAGAGUUUGAGAAGCAACAGAAGGAGUUAUUAGAGAAGGAAAACAUUACCAAACAGAGCAAGUUAGAACUGGAACAACAUCAGCUCAAGCAGUUUCAGCAGUUGGAGAAGGAAAUAAUUACACCAGUUGAAAAUGACAUCUCCAAGUGGAACUCUCCUCCAAGCUCACUUCCAAGUAACACUUCCCUAGACAAACAGCUACUGAUGUUUUACUCAGAGCAAUGUGAGAAUCAUUUUGUGUCUCUGCUGAAUUCCAUUGACGCCUUUUUUAACUGUAUCACCACAAGUCAGCCCCCUAGGAUUUUUGUAGCACACAGUAAAUUUAUAAUUCUCAGUGCUCACAAACUAGUGUUUAUUGGAGACACGUUGGCAAGACAGGCAGCUACUCAAGAUGUUCGCAACAAAGCUGGAAACUGCAGCAACCAACUCUGUGAACUGCUUAGAACAAUUGUUUCAGCAACAAAGAUGGCAGCCUUGCACUAUCCUAACACUGCAGCACUGCAGGAAAUGGUAGACAGAGUCACAGAACUGUCCAGUCAAACACAGUUAUUUAAACUUACACUGCAGAAGAUGGCAUUAUUAUGACAAACUCAAAUCAUUUUCUAAUUUGUAUUAUAAUUUGUACAUAAUGGCAAAGGUGGUCGACCUCUUCUAAGCAUAUAUGGGUAUUAUCUUAACAGUGUAAUUCUAAAACAGACUUCUUGGGUUAAGUUACUUAGUAAUCAUGUCAGCUAAAAAUGUUUCUUACAUUGCAGUUAAACAUUCCAUAAAUUAUUGUGAAUUAGGCUAAGCACCUUAAAGUAUGGAACAUUCUGUAAUUAUGAGGUAGUUUAUAGAUUUUGACAUACAUGUACUGGCAUUUGAGUAUGUUUCCUAGACAAUGCACUCUGUUUUAUCACAUGCUUGAAGUGAUAUAAAGGAUGUGGGCAUAAUAAGCUCAAGUAAACAAGGGAUCUGUGUCUAGUUCCCUUCAGCCAAUAUCAGCAGUGUAUCUCAGCAAUGCUGUUGUCAUUGGGAAAUGUUUACAUCACUGAUGUAAACGCCAGAAAAACACAAACGCCUCCACAGCAAACAGUUCAUUGAAAUUACGGUUUGUGCCAUGUCUGCCUUUUGGACUGUAGUUUCCCCUUCACAAGCAUGGCAAUUUUUUAUGUGAAUAUUUUAUGCUAGAAAGAAAAAGAAAAAUUAUUUAUUUUUUUAUACUGAAGAAAGUAAGUAAAUAAAUACUUGGAAGGGAAUAUGUCAUAAAUACUAAUUAAUUUCUGUUUGUCCUAUGUGGUACAUGUGUACCUGACGAACCAGUUUUCCAUGCUGGGUACAGCUUUGUUCUAAUGUUUGUAUAAUGGUUGACAGCGUAGUACUAAUCUAUGAAACUAUGAACCUAUGAUAGUCUCCACCCUCCCAUCCUCAAAAACAACCGCUAUUUUUAAGCAGCCAUCUUCAGUUUAGUACAUGUGCCUUACAACUGUGCAACUUACUUAGUUCUUCUUGGUUUUUAAUUAUAAGUUGAAUAUAAACAAACCAAAAAGAAUGAAUAAUUCAGAGAUACUAACUUUUUUAUAUUGUAAUUUGUCAGAGUAGAGAAUGCAGAAAAAGAGCUGUGCCAAUAUAAAUACUGCAUAAUUUCAGUGCAGGAAGCUAUCUGUAUAUGUUUUCUGUUCUAUGCUUUUAAUGGUAAAGCUGAAAAUUUUAUGUACAUUUUAUCAGGAAUGUAAUAUUUCUAAGUAUUUGUUCUUGUAAUAUAUUUUCUAUUUUUAGAAAAUAGAUAAAAUUUUCAAAGCAGGAAAAAUAUCUAGAUAUUAUUAGGAUGUAAUCUGAUAUUUUAUAAAGGAAGCUAUACAUGAAUAUUUUAACUGGUUUCAGAAGGGAAGUACAUUUAUAUGUAAUACUUUCUCAUAUUUCCUAAAAUAUUUUUGAUGAUUAAAUGUGUGAGAGAUUUAAGCUUAUUGGCUUUCAUCUUUACGUGA